UUCGCUAACAGUACCGUAGUUUUUCCUGUAGUAAGACCGGCACUCUGGACAUCAUCACCGGUGGCAGGUAAAACCCUGCCUCCGUUUCAUCUCCGGAUAGUCCGCUGUCCAUUUCUGUACCUUCUUCUUCUUCGCCUAUUGCUAAUUUUAGGGCUCUAUCUUCACAGUCUUCAUCAAUAUUUCUGCCAUUCUUUCAGUAAAUUAUCUUUUGCUUUUGUUGGUUUAUGAGGGAAACUCCUCUUCUUACUAAAGCUUUGGACUCUCAGUUGAACGAGUAGUAGUUAGUAGCGAAAAAUGCAGAGAUCUUGCACUUCUCUUGUAGGUCGUCGUCAGUUAAGAACGCGAGGGUUUUGCUCAUCAUCCAGCAGGGCCGCCAACACCGGCGGCGAUGAUAAAAUCAUAGCAUCGGUAGUGUUUGAGAGGCUACCAGUUGUCAUUCCCAAAAUCGAUCCUGUUGUCUAUGCUUUUCAAGAAUUCUCGUUUCGUUGGCAACAACAGUAUCGAAGGGAAUAUCCUGAAAAGUUCUUGAAAAAAUCUGAUGCCAGGGGAAAAGGUGAUUACCAGAUUGAUUAUGUUCCAGCUCCUCGGGUGACUGAGGCUGAUAAAACUAAUGAUAAGAAAUCGUUAGAGAGAGCCCUUGACAGGAGGCUUUAUCUUCUCCUUUACGGUACUGCAUAUGGGUCUCCUAGUGGAAAGCCAACCUGGCACUUCCCUGAGAAAGUUUAUGAGUCUGAAGGAACUUUGCGCAAGUGUGCAGAAUCUGCAUUGCAAUCUGUGGUUGGAGACCUUUCCCACACUUAUUUUGUUGGAAAUGCUCCGAUGGGUCAUAUUGUUGCACAGCCUUCCGAGAGUAAUCAGGACCUUCCAUCUUUCAAGCGUUUCUUCUUUAAAUCUCAAGUGAUUGCAACCAACAAAUUCAACAUCGGGAGGUGUGAUGAUUUUGUUUGGGUGACGAAGGAUGAAUUGUUGGAGUAUUUUCCAGAACAAUCUGGUUAUCUCAAGAAGAUGAUCAUCAGCUGAUGUUUCUCCAUUUCGACCUUAUGCUGCCAAUAAUAUUUCUCGAAAGUUCAGUCAUGUAUUUCUGACCAAAAAAUUUUGGACUUUAAGAUCUAGGGACUGAAGCAUUUCCUAUGUUUGGUAAUCCUUUGCCAAUUUAGUAGCCCCAUGAAAAAUGUGGAGAGACUCACAGAAAAGAAGAAGAAGUUUAUGCUGAUGAUUAGGAAGGCUUAGGGCAGGUGCUGAUACUAGUUGUAAACUGUGGUAUGAACGGUCUGUUUAGAUAAACUUCUCGUGCCUUUGGGACACUUUAAUACAUCGUCUUGAAGUUCUUCUUGGGAAUCCUGUUCCCCUUGUUUGAUGAAGUCAUUACUUUGAGACUUUAGAUACUGUUUCAUCGGGAAUGACAUGUAGAAUUUCUAGUUGCAUGUCCUAUGGAUCUUCCCAAUGUUGUUGAUCUGAGAUUGGUAAUUUGGUAGUCAAAAGUAGCAGCAGCUUGCUUGUAGCC